AUGGAGCGCAUUCCCAGCGCGCAGCCCCCGCCCGGCUGCCUGGGCAAGCUGCCCGCCCUGGAGAGCGGAGACCUGCCGGGGCUGGACUUCGCGCACAUGUACCAGGUGUACAAGCCGCGGAGGGGCUUGAAGAGGAGCGAGGAUAACAAGGAGACCUACAAGCUGCCGCACCGGCUGAUCGAGAAGAAGAGGCGCGACAGGAUCAACGAGUGCAUCGCGCAGCUCAAGGACCUGCUGCCCGAGCACCUCAAGCUGACGACUCUAGGGCACCUGGAGAAGGCUGUGGUUCUGGAGCUCACCUUGAAGCACGUCAAGGCGCUCACCAACCUCAUCGAGCAGCAGCAGCAGAAGAUCAUCGCUCUGCAGAGCGGUUUGCAGGCGGGUGACCUGUCAUCGAGAAACCUUGAUUCCAGCCAGGAAAUGUUUCGAUCCGGUUUCCAGAUGUGUGCCAAGGAAAUGCUGCAAUACCUGGCCAAGCACGAGAACGGCAAGGAGCUGAAGUCCUCGCAGCUGGUCAGCCACCUGCACCGGAUGGCCAGCGAGGUGCUGCAGGGCGGGGCGGCCCGCAAGGCGGGGGACAUCCCUCCCAAAAUGAUGGACUUGAAGGAGAAGCCGGUGGCCCUGGGCGAGGGCCACGGGAAGAACUGCGUGCCCGUGAUCCAGCGGACAUUCGCUCACUCCAGCGGGGAGCAGAGCGGCAGCGACACGGACACGGACAGCGGGUACGGGGGAGAGCUGGACAAAAGCGACUCCAAAUCGGAACAGCCCUAUUUCAAAAAGGAUACCGACCUCAAGUACGCUGUGCAGGAGAGAAUAAGCUCUAUUAAGCAGGAGACUGAGGACCCGCCGGCCAAAAGGAGCAGGCUGGAGUCGCCGCAGGAUGAGGGCCCUUUUGGCGGUGACAUGAUGGGUUCUUCCAGCGGCUUCCUGGGCCCCCACGCUCACCAGCCUCCCCUGUGCCUGCCUUUCUACCUGAUCCCACCGUCUGCCACCGCCUACCUGCCCAUGCUGGAGAAGUGCUGGUACCCGGCCUCGGUUCCCGUGUUGUACCCCAGCCUGCCGGCCUCUGCCGCGGCACUGACGGGCUUCAUGAACCCCGACAAAAUCUCCCCUCCUCUGCUGAUGCCCCAGAGACUCCCUUCUCCUGUACCGGCCCAUUCCCCCAUCGACUCCUCGGCUCUGCUUCAAGCUUUGAAGCAGAUUCCUCCUUUGAACUUGGAAACCAAAGACUGAGCGCGGUGUGACUGGUUUUUCUCUUUUUUUUUUUUUUUUUUCUUUUUGUUGUUUUUUUGUUUUGUUUUGUUUUUUAGUUUGAGAGGCUGUUUCACUUUUAUAUAUUGGCUGGACUGAGGUGUGGGGACGAGGUUCACUGUGCGUAGGAAGCUAAAUCCCCUUUUCUCUGACUUGUCAGGUAGCUUGGAGAAGGAUGAAGGAUGCGCCCAGGUUAGCAAUUGACAACUACUUCCAAAAGAUUAAAGAACGGUUUAAGAAGGGUUUUGUGCUUUACCCCUUCCCUUCCUCCCUCUCCACAUCUACAGAGCAACAGUUGACUCAGUCAGCUGUGAAUCUACUGCAAAGCUGUGAAGAAAUGUUCCAUCGGGCAGACUUGGUUCGAGGGUCUGUGAAUAUAAAAUGUGUGAAUAUAAAACACGGUACUUCCUGAGCAGCUCUGAGGGCAGUGGCCCCGCUGGCUCCUUGGAGCUGGGCUGGUGUCUGAGUGACCCCCAGCAUGGCAUGGUGGUGGUGGCAACGCCACCAUGAGCACAGGGGGAGCAGGGCAGUGGUCACUGCAGGGGCAGCAAUGUCACCAGGAGGAGCAGAGCAGUGGUCACUGUGGGGUGGUGGCAGUGGUGGCAUUGCCACCAGGAGUGCAGGAGACGCAGGGCAGUGGUCACUGCCUGGUCACACACAGGUCAGGCAGACCUAAGAUGGGUUUCUCUCCACACCUUUGCUGAUACAUAGAUAUUUUUAAAGAAAUAAAAGGUAGCUGCUGCUUGGAGCUUUCCAUGGCGUAAUCUAAUAAAUAAAUUAACCUGUGCCCUUCCUGUAACUUGACCUGCUACGUUGGGCCGGGUCGGAGGAGAUGUCCCUGGGAUCACUUGGCUGGUGGCAUCGCCUCCAGCCUCUCCUGCUGCUGCUGCUGCUGCUGCUGCUGCUGCACGGGCUGCCGUGUCCCCCUGGGCAUGGUCACGUCCCUGGGUGCAUCACCGUGUCCCCCUGGGCAUCACCAGGUCCCCCUGGAACCACCACGGUUUUCCAGGGUCGGGAGCCUCUUGCCAGAGGGAGCAGUUGAGCCAGAGCUGGCAGUGCCAUCCCUGCUGAACGUGCCCCUGUCAGUGCCUUUGGAAAAUGACAAAGCUGGGAUUUUCAAAUUCGAACCCGAGUCUGGUCCCGGCAGGGUUUGAGCAUCUGGAUUCCUCCUUGGCACACCCUGGCUCACAUCCCCGAGCUAAGGAGAGAGGGGCCCGGUGGUGACACUUGUGAGCUGCAAGGGGCUUUCUCCACAGAGGAACAUCAUCUCCAGUUUAGCUUCUUUUUAAUCAAAAAAAUAACCCAAACUUCACUGCUAAGGGCAGUGCUCUUUGGUGUUUUUUUUUUUUCUGACUGGUUUUGAGAACUGGUGAGCAGAACCCCUGUCUGGAUCCUCAUGUCACCCUCCCAUUGCACCAGCUGUUGAGAUGCACUAUGCUUGAUUGCAGAUUGUGUUCUAACGUUUAUUUUGUUGUUGGUUUUUUGGGUUUUUUUGGUAUACAGUUGUUGCCUUUAUUUGUAAAAUCCUGUUAUAAAUAUAUAUAUAUAUUAUAUAAAUAUAUUAAAAGUUAAAACGUUUCAGAUGUCUAUUAUUUGUAUAACUAUUUGAGCAUAAAGAAGUGAGAAAUAUGAAUGUAUUCUUGUUUCUGGGUUGUAUUUUUGUUUUUUUUUUUUUGAAGAGGAAUAUUCCGUUUUUCUCUUGGGAGAGGUACAGUGUUUAUAUUUUGGAGCCGCCUUUAAGGUGGGAUAUUGUACAUAUUUUUAUCUUGAGUAAAUGUUAAGUAGCUGUUUAAAAAUGCUUAAUAAAAUAAUUCUUUUCCUGUGGAAGAUAAGGGUUUGCCUCCUGUACUUUGAAAUGUUUGAGCAGGGUCAUUCCAUGUGGUCUGGUCCAGCAGGGGAUGGCACAGGGAGGAGCAGGAAUUAGGGAGGAAUUUGGGAUACAGGGGGGAGCAGGAUCUCUGGGCUCAGGGAGGAAGGGGGGUUAGGGAUGGCAGGGAGGAUGAAGGAUCUUGGGGUGCAGGGGGGAGUGAGGAUUUUGGGGUGCAGAGCCCUGAUGCCCCACAGCUCCUCCACUGUCAGUGCCUCUAACUCAGGCUCCCAUUACCCAUGUCACCAGGGAUAUUUGUUUAUUUUAACUCCCUUGGCACCUUCAGGGAUUUUUUUUUUUUCCUUGCAGACUCGAGGGAGGUGCCUGGAGAGCCUGGCUGGCUUUCCUGCUCUCUCCUGAUGUCACGUUGUGCUUGCUCCCUGUGUCUGGCAUUUGGCUCCUGGGUCCCAAGCUCUGUGGGGAGAAGGCAGCCCCUCACCCCGGAGUGUCUCCACAGGCUUUUCCCAGUUCCCGGAGGAAAAUGGACUUGCUGCAAACUGGUUUUACUUUAGCACCCUCAGCCUGUGUCCCAGCUGCCCCAGGACUGCCAGGGAUGGUGCCCACCGAGGCUGAGGGGUGCGAGGG